UUCUACGUAGCCUUCAGCACAACGUAAUAGAAUACUCCUCCUACGCUCCAGUUGCUGAUUGGCGUUACGCAGGUAUCCAGCUAUUAUUUAUUAGCCCACAGCUUGGACGUCUCAUUUAUCUUGACCGGAUCUCACUGCACGAUCUAUCUGUUCCCACUUUGCACCAGUGCGCACGCAGCUGACUCUUUGAACAAACUAUCUGCUCGACAGAAAACAGGCGGUGCUGAGAAAAUGAGGAGAGGCUUGCUGCUAGCGACUCUGUUCCUUAUCAUGAAACUUCGAUACAGCCAGUCCAGAUGCGAGGAGCCCGGAUCGCGCACAUCAACUUCAGAUCAGACCACAGGCUUGGACAACCUCAAGCGGAACAUUCUGAAGAGGUAUAGCGAUUUGGAUUAUGACAGCUUUGUGGGUCUGAUGGGGAGAAGAAAUGCUGAUGCUAACGCUGUACAGGCACCACAAAAAAGGGAAAUGAAUGACAUUUUUGUUGGUCUUAUGGGAAGGAGAAACUCAGAGCCUGAUAAUGGUCCCUGGAGGAGAGAGUAUCCAGAGAGGAAAGGCAUUUUUCUCAACAAGUGCAGGCUGAGGUUUCUUCAGGGCCUGUAGACAUUCAUUCCGAAGCAACUCUCUAAUCUGGCAACAAUGACAGAAGAUCACAGAGAACACAACCAAUGAACUAACUGUCUGAUGGAAACAACUAAAUGGCGUGAUUCACACUGUAGACCUGCCAGCUGGCUUAUGAAAGGGACCAUAAACUACAUAGAUUGCAUUUGUUGUAUCUGAAGACAAAACAUGAUUAGUAGUACCAGCCAAUACAUUCUAUUCCUUUAUCACGUUAUACCUUUUUCUUCAAAAGCUCAAAAUAAAAAUCAUUUUGUACACAU